AUGCAAGGUGACAUCGAUCAGUGUCCUACAGACAUCGUCCUCGCACCAUCGGGGUGUCCCUUGACCGAUCACGAGUGCGCUGGCGAUGUUGUUAUAUACGCGGAAAGCAGCGCGAAACUUCAAAAUGUUGUCAACCUUGUGUCGAAAAUGGCUGCAGCAUAUGGACUACACAUACGCCCUCGCAAAUGCAAGCAGAUGUGGGUCUCUUCGAGACCUUGGGAAUUAAGGUGGAAUGACAAUCGGUCGGAUUUCGAUGAGUUCUGUUACCUGUGCUGUAUGCUGAAAAGCAACGGCAGCUACGAGAAAAAUACUCAGCAAAGAUGGGCUGAGACCAUUGCUGUAUUUAACUCCUUGACGAAAUACCUGUGGUCGACCACCAUCACCAACGAAGUCAAGCUGCGAGUCUACCUAUCCGCAAUUCGGCCCAUCAUGAUGUAA